AUGAUAAACUAUAAUAAUAAUGGUAAUGAUAGUAAUAAUAAUGUCGGAGAGUUUGAUAACGACAAUGUCAACUAUUAUUGUGCAGUUGAGACUGAUGAUGUUGCUAAUCAUAAAAUAUCAAGUCAUCCAUCUCAAUUAUCCCAGAAAUCUUUGGAAAGUAAUACUUCUCGUAUAAUCUCUAAUUAUGAAGAUGAAAUGCCAAAACAACAAGUUCCAAAAAUUGAUAUAAUGACACCAGAACUUGCUGCGGCUUUGGAUAGAGCUAACGUGACUAGUAGGAUGGCGACUUACAUUAUUGCUGCUUUAUUAUCUUGCUUGAACAUUGAUUGUGCAAGCGUAAACUUUAGUCAUGUGACUAUUCACCGAGCAAGGGAAAAAUUCCGGAAAGAAGCGGCGUUAAAUCUGAAGACUAAUCUGGAAACUGACAAUUAUGUACUACAUUUUGAUGGAAAACUGUUAUCAGAUAUUACAGGUACAGAACAAGUUGACCGGCUUCCGAUUAUUUUAUCAUCAUCAGGUAAAUUUCAACUGUUAGGAGUUCCUAAACUAGAAUCUGGGACUGGACAAAACCAAGCUUCAGCUAUUAUUAAAACAGUAAAACAAUGGGAUAUUAAUACUGACAACAUCAAAGCAUUGUGUUCUGAUACUACGGCGUCAAAUACGGGAAUCAGAAAUGGUGCGUGUGUAUUAGUAGAAAAGGCUCUUAGUAGAAAACUGUUGUACUUGCCAUGCCGACACCAUAUUUUUGGAAUUGUUCUUCGAAGUGCAUUUGAAGUAUACUGGCCUGCUUCGUCUGGCCCAAACGUUCCAAUUUAUCAGAGAUUUAAAAAGAAGUGGGAUGAAAUUGACCAAUCAAACUUUACGGCUGGUAUUUGUGACAAAAAAGUUUUGGAAGUAAUAACACCAAUCAAAGAUGAGAUUUUGAAAUUCGUUAAUAAUCAAAUAGAAACGGAUCAUUGUCGAGACGAUUACCGUGAACUUCUGGAAUUAUCAUUAAUAUUUUUGGGUACUACUACCACAAAUAUUACAUUUAAGCAUCCUGGAGCGGUCCAUCAUGCAAGGUGGAUGGCUAAAGCAAUAUAUAGUUUAAAAAUUUUUUUAUUCAGAAAUGAAUUUCAUCUUACUAAAUCGGAAAUAGAUGGAUUACGAGAACUUUGUUUAUUUAUCAUAAUAUUCUAUUUAAAAGCUUGGUUCACUGCGCCGUGUGCUAUAACAGCACCUAAUAAUGAUUUAACUUUGAUUAAAGAAUUAAUUUCAUAUGAAAGAUUUAAUAAUAGUCUUUCACAGACAUGCUCACAAAAAUUAGCCGAUCACUUGUGGUAUUUAAACAACGAGCUGUCUGUUUUAUCUCUCUUUGAUAAAAAUGUUUCAGUUGGAACAAAAAAAAGAAUAGUUCAUGCUCUUAAAAACUGUAAAGCCAAUGAAACUACAACAAAUCGCUUUAUAAUAGAUAAGAAAAAUUUAGAGUCAUUAUUAAAUAAAGAUCUUAGUCAAUUUAUGUCUAUGAGAUCGAUUAAUAUAUUUGAAUCGUUUGAUUUGUCGUAUGAGUUCAUUGAUGAGGAUGUUACUUUGUGGCCUCAGAAUCCGAAUUUCUUAGAAAACUUGGAGUAUUUCGGGAAACUUCAAGUUAUGAAUGAUGUAGCAGAACGCGGCUUGGCAUUGAUAGAGCAGUAUAAUCGAUGCUUAACGAAAGAUGAAGAACAGCUUCAAUAUUUGUUGCAAGUAGUGACAGAACUAAUAUUUUCAAGUUGA